GACGUUUCCGAUGACCCGGAAGAUGUUGUCGGUGAAACUUGAUAAAAAUUGCGUUGUUUUUUAAAGUUAGUAUUAACCUAUGCUUACAAAUGCGUAGCACGUAUUAUAAAAACUCAAAUGCGACCAAAUGCACAUACUCCAAAUUAAACGGUCACAGUAAAGCAGACUUUGCUGGCUCAGCUAUGCCUCAGAAACCCCAGAAAAACGCUCAGACUGCGCACUACAUCGAGCUGGGAGCUUACCAGUACUGGCCCGUACUGGUGCCCAGAGGUAUCAGGUUGUACACCUACGAACAGAUCCCACUGUUUCUGAGGGAGAACCCCUACAUUACUGACGGAUACAGAGCCUACCUCCCCUCCAGACUGUGCAUCAAAAGCCUCUUCAUUCUGUCCAAUGAGACGGUGAAUAUCUGGAGUCAUCUGCUCGGCUUCUUGCUCUUCUUCUGUCUCGGGGUGUACAACAUGGCGUCAGUGCUGCCGGCCGUCGGCGCCUCCAGAGAGGAUUUCGUCAUCUACUCCAUCGGACUCUUCUGCUUCCAGCUGUGCAUGCUGUGCUCGGUCGGUUACCACCUGUUCUGCUGCCACCGUUCAGAGAAAACCAGCCGCCGCUGGAUGGCGCUGGAUUAUGCCGGCAUUUCCAUCGGUAUCCUCGGCUGCUACGUCCCUGGAGUCUUCUACACCUUCUACUGCAACAAUUACUGGCGGCAGGUUUACCUGGUGACGGUCCUGGCCAUGAUCCUGGCCGUCUUCUUCGCUCAGAUCCACCCUCAGUACCUCAGCAAGCAGUGGAAGCAGCUGCGCUCGCUCAUCUUCUGCUCGGUGGCCGGUUACGGCCUCAUCCCCACCGUCCACUGGAUCUUCCUGACGGGAGGCUUCUCCUCUGAACUCGUCCAGGUUUUUGUUCCUCGAGUCCUGGGGAUGUACUUCAUCGCAGCAUUAGCCCUUAUUUUCUAUGUUUCAAAAGUUCCUGAACGCUAUUUCCCAGGUCAGCUGAACUACCUGGGCUCCAGCCACCAGGUGUGGCACAUACUGCUGGUCGUCCUGUUCUACUGGUGGCACCAGUCGUCAGGCUUCAUCAUGGCGUACAGACACAGCCAUCCCUGUCCCGACGCCCCCCAGCACGCAUAGUAUACGCCGCUAAGCAUGCUGGGAACUCAACUCAGCUGUUCAUCUGUUGGCCGCGGCGUAUUCCAGCUCGGUGGACAGCAGCAGACAGACUCUGUCCCAGGCCUUCAGUCCAUCUCGGUGUCCUCGCAGACAGACACACACUGACCUCUGAGUGUCUUCGGUCCCUUUCGCCUGUGAGUCUGCGAUGAGGCAGAAAACGUUCGGUAGCUGCAGGAGUCAACGCAGGACGUGACGUGGCACAUGUGAAUGUUUUCGACAUCCCAACGAUUGUAGGGAAACUGUCGCAGCAGCUGACGCAUAUUUUACCCGAAUGUCACCAACAAAAACACAAUUUCCGUGUUCGGCUUUAGACCCGAUAACUGGAACAUUUAGUCGGUUCAGUCAAGUAGCAUCUUCUUUAUGAAAUCCCACGUAUUUCUGUAAGUGCCUGUAAAUCAAACAGUAGCUUCUUGGUAAAUUAAUUGGUUUAGUUUUUUUUUGUUUUUUUUCCUUUUAAGGUUUAAACCCAUUCUUUCUUAAUUCGAGGAACGUUUCCCCCUAAAAGAACAGUUUUUAAUUUUUAUAUACAGUUUUAAAACACGGCUUCUUUAAAUGUCCUUUAAAAGGGAAAAUCAACUUAGUGACAUAUUCCUCACGAGAAAACAUCUGUUUUUACAGGUGAACUAAACUCCACCCACAUCAUUUGUUGUUGUUGUUGAAGUAUCAUCAAGCACAAAUGUUUAGACAUUAACAAAAACCAAAGACGGUUGUUUUAAAGGGCCCAAGUUGGUGAAAUGUAUUUUCUAAUGUAAGACAAAAUGAUCUUUUUUUUUUCUUUCUGUGCUGCGUCUGUGUUCAAACUAAUUUUUUACGACAGUGUUUGAGGAGAAAGUUCUCAAAAAAAAAAAAAAAGUGUUCACUACUGGAACAGAGGACGUCCUCUCGUUGACGUCUUCGCUGGCGUCGAUGAGCUGCUCGGCCUGUAGGGGGCGCUAGCGAGACGGAAACUGGGUCCCAUUUUCAAAAAACUGACGUCUCUUUAAUGUAAACAGUAGAAACACUAAAAUAUAUGUUAUAUAGGAGACAUUUAGGCAGACAAAUGAUUGUGUAUUUUAAGUGUGUUCACUAAUUUAUUUUGUUAAAGCAAAAAAUAAGCAAAAAAAGUAAUUAGAACAUUUUUCUACAUCCCAGUUAAAACUGUACUGCAGUUACUGUCAACUAGACAUUGGGAUGCAGUUUUGUUUUUCUUAAUUAAAGCACUGAAUUAUUUAAUUUUUUGCAUUAGUUUCACUUUUCUUUUGAUAAAAUACCUUCAGCUACACUAGAUGUUGCAUUUUCUGCCUAGGUUAAAAACUCGGCCAGUGUUUUUAGACGUAAUAAACUCUAUCCAGCUCCGUUAGGGUAACGUGCAAUGUUGAACGCCGACCAGUGUCUAGUAUUUUAAUGGCGACAUUCCCGAUAGAAACAGUCUUAACAUGAGUGCGAAAGAUUUUAGUUUCGUUUUGGAAUGACAGCCAUCUUUAUUUUAUUUUAUUUUUUUGUCUUUCGUAGCGAUUAUUUAACGUUCGGACAUGUUUCGGUCAUCCAGUAUUUAAAUGAUGUCAUGUUUUACUCUGUCGCUCCAAAACCACAUCAACUGUGUCCAACGUUCAUUUUUGUAGCAGCAGAACCUUUUUCUAUUGUGAAAUAAAACGAACAUGAAAGAAAAGAA